AUGAAUAGCAGAGGAGAGGGGAUAUUAGCCGUUCAAGAAGAACGAGCAAGGAUUGGAGGAGUUGAAGUGGCAAGAAAGACAGUGAUAGCUGCCACGGAUGAAGGGUUAGUGUCAGACAUCUGUAGUAUGUUUAUUCACCACGCUUUGCAGACUUCACGUUCACGAUUAUAAUCAAGCUUCAUUUGGAUUUAAAAGCUCUUUGUAUUCUUCUUUUGCAAACUUUGGGGCCAGAUUCUCCAGCUAAGAUCCAUUUUCUUGUUAAUCUCGCCCGAGUCGUAGAAACUAAUUUUGAAUUGAAAGGAGAUCAGCCAUGUUUGUGCGGCUGUGUCCAAAUUCCCGGAAAAGCGGAAGUACUUCGUCGAUUUAGUCUCAGAAAUCGUACAGGGUCCCGUAGUCUUUCUUUACGUCAAUUUCUCUUGAUUAGAAGUUAAAUUAACACAAUUUGAUCACAGCAAAGUCAUUCUUUAGGCUUAUAGUAGUUCAAGAAAAUGUGGUAAAACGUGAGACUGAACUUUGGUUUCCCUCAAGUUCCUUAACAAACCACGACGGCGAAGGCGACGGCAGCGAGGACGUGGCAAAACAAAAGAUCUAGUGAGCAGGACAAUAGCUCAGCACGCGCCUUUUAAACUGAACUGUGUACAUUUCUCAGCCGUCCUCCGCAAACUAACAACGCAAAAUCAUCAAAAUUUGCUUUGUCCGAGAAAAGGAACCCCGACAGCAAAUUAUUAAAGUUUCCAUUUGGGAACUCAACGCCGCUUUCAUACGUUAUGUUGAGGUUAACUUGCGGCGCCGUAAGAGAUGGUCAUCACAUCUAGUAAUUCGCGAGAUUCCAACUAAAAUAUAUAUACAUUUUCAAAUCAACGUCUUCUUGGCGUUGCCGUCCUAAAUGCUAAAGGUCUCCAAUGUCUCCAGCGGCGCCUGCUUUCCUCUUAAAGCAUAACAUGUGAAUGCAGCGUGGGGUUCGAUCAAAACAAUAAUGUACAAUGAUAUUUUCACAUCUCGAAGGCGAAAAAUAGUUCAAAGUCCGGCUAAACAGUUGAAGGAAUUGUUCAGUCUGGUUUGUUACUUCUUUGCACUGAAUUAACCCUCUUCUGCAUUGAAUUACCUGAAUAUAUUUAUCUUUACCAAUCAGAACUGAGUAAUUUUUUCAUGUAUCUUAUUAACUCUAACUCUUAUUUAAGCCGUAAAAUCAGCAUGCAAGUUCUCCAAACUGUUCUCCGUACAUCUCCUGUGGUACUUAAGGAGAAUUUGUCUAAAAUGUCCAAAAGAGUUCUCUUUUAGUUGGUGAUCAGUUUCUUUAUUCUCCUGACUAAAUGUUGGAUUCAGGGGUGACAUUGUAAGGAGAAAUUAUAUGCUAGUCACUCUUAGCGGGUAACCGGAGGACAAAGUAGAAAUGAAUACUAUUGUUGUCAGGAUGAAUGAAUCAGUGAAUAAAUGAUACACGUGUGAAAGUCUCAAACUACUUUCCAUUUGCUGUGCGAUAUGCCAGCAUUGCGACAAGAAAAUACCUUCCCAACGAAGGCUGAACAAUGGUAGCACCAGAAAAAAAUUUAUAUUAUCAACAAUAACAGUAUGGUAUAUUUUUUUGUAAGACAUUUACUAGUGGUUCGUUACUUUUGCUUCUUAGAGUUGUGGCUGUUCAAGUGGAUACUGUGGAGCAAGUGGGGUAUUUACCAAAAACUACUAUUUUAUAAAGUUUUCUGCUAUUUUUAUGAUUACAAAUUGAGCCCAUUUCCUAAGAAAUCAACGCAAAAUACAGUCGCAUUCAUUUUGUUAACAGGCUUGGCACAUUUUUGCUCUAAUAACCAGUAAGGAAUACUGUUACCAAUUUCGCAAAAACUAACUGAGUCAGGAUAUUGAUACCAACUGUACGUAGAUACAGAUGCUGUUUAUAUGAAAAUAAAAGCUGGAAACUGGCCUCCUGCUAACGUAGUGCUAUUGCCUUAAUCUCUUGGAUCACUGAAAGUAAAUUGCACUCCUUCCGCUUCAACAGACGUUCGUCCAUGUUUUCCGUACCAUGACACCGGACCUUUGAUAAGUGACUCUAACUUACACGUCACAAUUGGUUCAUUCGUCAGCGUGCGUUCAUCGAGAUAUGAAGCACGAGGGAAGUUUGGAGAGCACGAAAGAUGCGAAAGCUUCCCUUCACUGAUUGCUAGCACAAACUUGUGAGCUGGGAUCACUUUCGUACUUUCGCUUUCUCCACUUGACACAGGAACCACAAAUUUCACGUCGCUUAGCAUCUCGUUGUUGAAAAUAAACGCGGUUCUCUCGACGAUAGUUUAGAUUUUUGUCUGCCAGUUGUCUUCAGCAGCCAUUGCUAUAUUCCAGCUUCGGUAUCUGCAGCAGAUUUUUUCCUCAUAUAGUGAGAAACGACUUAACACUCUUCCUCUCUAGGAUAUCAACGCUGAACUCAUUGCAGGCUCCUCCCGUCACGAAAUUGGCGGCUACGUAAUCUAUUCCAGGCUGAGAUGCUUUUUUUGCCAAAAACAAUGAAAUAAUCGCUCUGACGAAGGGCUGACGCUCGAAACGUCAGCUUUUCUACCCUUUACAGUGGCUAAUUUACGUUUUCAACUCAGUUGUUACCUUGUUAAAUUACCUGCUAUGAAAUAAGUUGGUAUUUGGAAACAGUAACAUGCAUUUAUGACGGACAUAUUUGUCAAAUUGCCGAGCAACGCCUCAGUUAGUGACAUGAAACAAGAGAUCUACUGGGAGUUGUUUAUCGUAGGAAUUCGAUUUAGCACUCUCCUUAUAUUAAGCGCCCCCUCUCUGAUAAGCGACCCCCCCCCCCUCAAGUUUGUUUUUGUUUAUUCUAUUUCAGUAAUAGCACUGUUGGAGUAUAUAGACAUUGAGAUCGACCGUGGUCCAUCUUCCUUUAACCCCUUAACUCCCAGGAUCUCACUAGUUAUUCUCCUUACUGUUUGUCAUACAGUUCUUGUGAUGUUAAUUUGUAGAAUUUGGUAUUGGAUCAACUUAUAAUCCCCCUACUGAUAUUUUUCCUUAUUCUCAUCACUUGUCUGCUUGAUAUUGUAAUGAUUUUGUAAGGAGAAAUUCUGUCGUGGUCACUCAUGGGAGUUAAAGGGUUGCUCACCUAAAGCCUCACGACAGAAACAUUGGUCUUAGUCUCGGUCAAUCAACUAUUAUAUCGCCGUGGGGGCACAGAUCCUUCAGCGAUAGAUUCCUAAAAUUUCCGUCGAUUGUUUGGCUGGUCGUUCAGGCAAGGAAGGAUCCAGGGACAACAAGUCCGUUUUCUUGUUGAUCCUCAGUCACAUGAACAUCUAAGCUUUGUUUUACAUUCUGCUGUUUCUCGAAAAAGAAAUAAGCACCCUAUUUUUUUCGGUAUAAGCACUUUCCCUUGAGGUAACAAAAUUAAAUAAGCGCUCCGGGUGCUAAAUAGAAUUACUACGUACGGUACUAAACUUUUAAUGAAUUCGAUACUUAAUGAUCUGUGCUGGAGUAAGUGUCUGACAACUGACAACUGACGGAGUGUGAUUGGUGAAUACGCAAUUAACUUGUCAAAAUCAAUCAAAAAGUUCAAGGAAAAGUUUCUGUCUGGUCCAGCGAUUUCGCAUGCAAUACUAGACAAUGUAAGUAGCGUUUGUUGAUAGUUUAAUUAGACCUAGAGAGAACGGUUUUAUCGGCCCUGGGUAAGGAAACGAAACGGCGAGUCGAGAGGGACACAUACCGUGACCCACACAGAGAAGAUUCUUGGACAUCAAAGUCGGCAAAGGGCCUGCUAAAUUGAUUGAAAACACACCGUAAAGGAGAUAUUAAGCUUGGAAACAAAGCGGUCACAGUUCCAACGAAGCCAUGUUAGCUGUCAAAGAGGAGCGUACAGUCAUAGGAGGCGUUGAAUUGGCGAAGAAAACAGUAGUAGUUGCUACAGAGGAAGGGUGAGUCUCUAGUUUCAACAAUACUAUCUAGAAAAUUGGAAACGAUUUCAAACUCGGCGUAAUCCGGACGUUUGGUACAGUAGAACUCUUCCUGUCGACGGACUGUUCUUUUGGAACUCGUUAAAUCUUUAAAUGAAGAUUUCACAAUGAUGGCAAGCCCGUGAAUACCUUUUCUUGCCUUACAAAAAUUUCAUUCGAUGACUAUUGGUAUUCAGUAGAUGAUAACCACCAUCGAAGAACGCGAAGAAGAACGCGGAAGUAAAUAAGCUCAGUCAUCAAAUUAAAUGUGCGACAGUUUGCAUAACUAGAACUCACAACCAGCGAAAAUUAUGACUGAUCAUAACUAACGCAGAGCAAAAUUGCGUUAUUGCUCUUCUUAAGAAUAUUCAUUUUCAGAAAUUUGUGUGAUCAAGGCGUCCUUACUACUGAAUUCUAGAAGUUAUUCCCUUGUUCCGUCUGUCAGCACCAGCCAAGCAAUUUAGUUUAAAUCCCGCAAGUUCUUAGUGACCUAUGAACGGCUAUACUUUCGCUGAGGACCUUCGCAUUUGUAGGCUUAAGGAGGCGCCAUAGGGUUUUUGCUCAAUGUUGGCGCGGGCGCCAGUGUAAUGUUUUUCAGAAAUUUAUUUUUUCACAUUUACGCCUUUCAAGGUUACUAAAAGCCAUCAAAAGGCAAUGAGUAAGGUUCAGUCUAUCGUUUGCUGUAGUAAAUAUUAUCAAAAAGAUUUUCGUAAUUAAGCUAAGGCUCCACGACGGGAAGCGCUCGCCCGUGAUGAUUUGGCUUUGCCUUUGAUUUUCUUCAAUUUGCUUCGGUAAAAUCUCUAAAAUUUUCAUAAUUUGUGAAAAUUGCCUGCCAUCAUUUAAAAUCCGGAAAAAAAAAGCAGUUUCCUCUCCAUUUGUAACUUUGGGUUUUCUUCCUCUGUCUCAAAUUUGGUCCUAAGAAUUUCUUUAAUCAACAGGCAUUAGGAACGGCACAAAUAUGUCUAACGGUUCAGCAAACCUUAGGAAAUUUCAUCGAAGGAAACGCGAUAAAUCUUACUCGAAAGAUGCCUAUUUCCUUUGUCGCAAAAUAUUGCGCAAUGGAAUGAAACUUCGUCAAUAUCGGUAUCUGAUCAUGCGUAACCUUUCGAAUCUGUCGCCUUGAGCAAUCUUUCCCACAGUGUUUUCUUUCUAGUUGACCACUUCUUCAAGCGUAGAAGGCCUAUUAAUAUUACGGGUGCAGGUACUGGAAACCUUCGACUGCGUCUCGGGUUUGCAUAAUUUUCUCAAAUUCUACCAAGCCGUCCGUUCGUGUACAGAUGACAGUAUGCUGAUACAGAAAAAGCUCUCUACUGCCUAAAUUUAUUUAAAUUUUUUUUUAAUAAUUUAUCAGUUGAGGGUAUGGACUAAAGAUCUGGAGGAUUCAAAUUAAAUCAAUAACUAACAACAAUUGUUAAGUACUUUCAUAUGACAGGAGGUUAAAAAGCCUUCAAUAAUUCCCGAACAAUGUUGAGAUUAUUUGCAAAAUCCAUUAGAUUUAGGCUAUUUGCGGUGAAAACUUUUAAAAUACUGGACAUUUGCGUUCAACGCAAUCAAAGUUUGAUUUUACUAAAUUAUAGGUUCUUUUUCUUUCAGCGUUGUAACCAGGGAAUACGUAGAAGCUAGAAACAUCAGUUUGCCUGGAAGGUAAUAAAAGAAUUGAAAACAUCAUUGAGCAAGUAUGGUGAAGUUAGGGACUAUAAAGUUCACUAACUUUACGUAUCCUUUUUGUAAGUGGCAGUUGUGAUUUGGGUGGGGGAGGGGGAGGGGGGUAAUAAUUUGUAAUUGGUACGAUAAGGGCAAACAAAGGGGUUGGUCAAGAAAUUGGGGUAAUUAUUGUAAUGAACAGAAGCCAGAACAUUUGUACUGUUUUUUUUCUUUUCUACUAAAGAACUAACGCGUGGAUAUUUUUUUCAUCUCCACUUUAGUGUACCUGCCAUUGUGCAGCCGAGGUGAGAUCAGAAUGUAAUUUUUUUUAUUUCCAUUUUAUUUCGCAGAGAUAAUGUUUGACUCGAUCACAAAUUGUAUUUUCGUUAUACUAUAAGUUGUAGAUUUGUUGAUGCGGUCUAUGUUUGACAAAUUAAAAUGCAACAGAAAACUAUAUCGAAUGUAGAUUGGAAACAUAAUAAAAAUGAUUUUCAUUAAGGCGAACCAGAGUUCAUAUUUGAAGUGAACUCAUUAUUACGUCACCACCACUGAAGAUGUAGGUCAAGAUCACAAUAUACACCGGAACAUGGGCAAGAUCAAAUUAGGAGAUCGUUUAAGAUUUUUGAAGAUCUCUGCCGUUUUCUGAGAUCCCAGGAAGAUCUGAAAAUAACAGACGAGUGCGGGGUAUAGUUGUUCUCUAUCUAAACAUUUGGGGUCACGAUAUGUUUCUGCCCCAUUAUUCCUUGAGGACGCUAUACUUUGAGUCUAAAUUAACUUAUGGAGAUAAACGUUGAAAUUCAAGCCCUGUAUAGGAAAUUCAUUCUCUUAGCCUGAUCAUAUCCCAGUAUUGAACAUCCUCUUUUUCCUAAACAGUAAUACUUGUUUUUUUUUGUUCCUCUCUCUCUUCAGUGCGUACCCCGCCUUACCUCCGCCCCCACCACCCCCUCCCCCACCACCAAAAGAGUUCAGUUGGGUGGAUUGUUGCUUCAAGUGUGAUAGUGGAUAUGAGUGGUACGAACCAAGCGGAAAGGGUAAGUACGUGGUUAUUGUAACAGAAGCAGGCCUAACAACUGACUCCUUCUCCAGAAAAAACCACACGUAUAAGUUUGUCAAUUACAAUACUGUCAAGGCAUUCGCUCUCAUUAACUCCUGAACCACUCCACCCCCCCCUCCCCCACGAGAAACUACGAGUCUACGUUUGUCAGUUUUGGAUGAAUUAUUCUAGUUUUUGUAACAGCGUCCACGAAGGGCUAUUUGACACCAGCUCGCACGAGGAUUGGUGAUAAAAUAAAAAACCUCAGCUGAAUUGCAAUGUUAUGUUCUUCCAUUUCCUCUCUCGUAAAAUCUGGUUGAAAAUGUGCUUUUCUGUUAUUUGGCAGGCUUCUGCAUUUUGUUGUUACUUCUCGUGGCUUAUUUGAUCGGUGGAGCUAUCCUACUAGCCUACCUCAUGUUACUUUGUCUUUUUGCCUUCUGCGGCGAGGAUUAGUGACGACAUUAGAUCGUAGUGGUGAAAUACUUGCUUUUACUCUAUUUUACGUAGCACUUUAUAUUUAACAAGUAAAAUACUAUUAGUAAUACUUUUCUGUAAAAUUGUGUUGUAGAAAUCGUUGUGUCGGUGGUAAAUUUUUACUUAAUAGUAGCUUUUUAUCUGAGCGUUUACUCAAGCUGUAGUUAAACUGGUGGUUCUCAAGUCUUACACUAUCAGAUGAUUUAAUAAAGGAAAUAGUAAAAAAGUCGAAAGAUGUAAUCCGCCAACACUGAGUCUAUAAGAUUUGAGUUUGAGAUGUAAACCUGCAGUACUAAU